UACUGCAGGUGUCUGUCAUGGUGGCCGACCUGACUUGACAUUGGGUCUUGAGGACUAUGUCAUGAUACUUAUACCAGCUGCGUGUCUGCUUUUGAUGGCCCCUCUGAGGCUGAGAAGGACAUGGGGUAGGAGUCGUAAGGUUAUGUCGCCAACUGCUUUAUGGUGGGCUAAGACGAUAUCAUCCACCUCAUUCGUCGGUCUAAGCCUAGCUGUUCUUAUCAGAGGAUGUAUGCGACCACACGCGCCAUCAGCAGAGAUACCUGCCGAAGUCUUCUCAUUCCUAGCCUCGCUUACAGCCGCCAUCCUGUCACAAUGGGAGCACAUACGAUCUAUCAGGCCAAGUGCACUCCUACAACUCUAUCUGAUGGUGGCUUUAGUGGUACAGGCUGUCCACCUUCGCUCAAUCUGGCUUCGCAACGAGGAUACAACAAUGAGGGGUCUGGGUCUCGGUCAGAUUGUAGCCUGUGCCAUCUUUCUCGCUGUGGAAAGCGUGAGCAAGGAGUCUAUACUGUUGCAACGACAGAAGCGUAGCCCUCAAGACACCAACGAUAUGUUCAGCCAACGCUUGUUUUGGUGGCUGAACAACAUGUUCAAGCGUGGGUACACUUCGGUACUCGCACCUAAUGAUCUUGACCAGAUGGAUGAAGAUCUGUCCUCGACCGAUCCACAAAGGAGAUUCAGGCUGGAAUGGCGUAAGCACACUACGAAGAACCCUAAGGUCAACAUGCUUCGCAUCAUAUUCAGCGCUAUUGGAUACGAUAUGAUGUUCCCGGUCAUCCCUCGUCUGCUUAUGCUGGCAGUUCAGUUCUCUCAGCCGUACUUGAUCUUACGAUUCGUCGACUAUAUCGACAACCCUGACAAGGGCGGGACUGAAGAAGGCAUCCUACUUGUCAUCGCCACUGCAAUAGUGUACGUUGCUAUUGCGACCUUCCAAAGUUGGUAUUGGCAGGCAGUUACUCGCUUCCAGACCAAACUCCGAGGAUGUUUGAUCAGCCAGCUUCAUGACAAGGCCUUGCGCUCUCGGACUCCAAUCCCCCUCAUGCUCAUGAACGUCGAUGUUGAGAAGACACUCGUUGGUAUCAGACCGAUGCACGAGUUCUGGGCUUGCGGAGUGUCGAUUGUGAUUGCUCUUGGACUUCUCUACAACCAAGUCGGACUACCAUUCCUAGCUCCGCUCGUGCUUCUUGUGGUAUUCAUCACGAUCACUUCACAAAACGGCAAGAAGAUUGGCCCGAAGACGAAGCUAUGGCUUGCGGCAACGCAAGAACGUGUUUCCUACAUCACCAGCGUUAUUGGGUCAAUGAAGAAUAUCAAGUUACUUGGUAUUGGAUCAUCUGUUCUCAAUAAAGGUAACAAGCUGCGGGAGAAGGAAGUUCGUGCCCAAAGGGCGAUUCGCAUGGCGGCUAUGAUCAAUCUGGUCAUCUCGCUUGUCAACUUUCAGGCAGCUACGCUCUUCAUGUAUGGAGCGUUUGCGAUCAAGACUCACCUGACUGGAAUACCUUUGACCAACUCAACCCUGUUCACAUCAUUGGCUGUGUUAAAACUGUUUACUAACCCACUUCUUAUGACUAUCCAGUAUCUGCCCUCCUUGCUGCAAGUUUUUGCUGCACUGGCCAGAAUUCAAGAGUACCUUGUCACAGAAGAUCACGCAGAUCAGCGUACAAUUGAUUCGGAGGCCAUGGCACAUGGACGCAACCCGAAAACAGGCGUCUCGGUAUCGGAGAUGAACGACCUUGCACAGAUGCGAAAACUGAAUUGUGGUUACGCUGAUGGCAGCACAACUUUGAAAGAUAUUGACCUCAGUCUAUCUCGUAACCAACUCAAUAUCGUUUGCACAGUGUGGGCUCAGGCAAAUCGACUCUGCUCAAAAGCUCUUUUAGGCGAGAUAACUGUCAAGUCUGGCUCAAUAGUUGUCGCGGACGACGAAGUAGCCUACUGCAGCCAGAAUUCAUGGCUCUGGAACGGCACUAUACGUGAAAACAUUGUGGGAGCCGAUCCCCCUGACGACGUCUGGUUGACCAAAGUUUCGUGGGCGUGUGGACUGGAUCAGGAUUUCCAAGAACUCCCGGACGGUAUCGAUACUCGCGUAGGCAAUGACGGCACAGCUUUGAGCGGUGGUCAGAAGAAUCGUAUCAGUCUGGCACGAGCUGUGUACUCUCGCAGGUCACUGGUUCUGCUCGACGAUGUGCUUUCCGGUUUAGAUACUCGGACAGAGAGACUUGUUUUCAAUCGUGUCCUGGGUCCUCAAGGACUUCUGCGCAAGAUGAAAAGCACAGUCGUAUUAGCAACUCAUGCUAUUGGUUGGCUACGUUAUGCCGAUACUGUGCUUGUGAUCGAAGACGGCAAACUGGUCUACCAAGGCGGACCAAACAAUGCGCCUGCCUCAUUCAUCCGACAACACGCUGGUGUCCCAGAACAGGAACCCGAAGACGACAUCGAUUCCAGUCCUGCUGGGAUUCCAAUUAAAACCUCACGAUCAUCGAGUAUUUCCUCGUCAACCGCAAAAACUGUGUCUAACUGGCAGUUGUAUAAGGAUUACUUCAAGUCAUUCGGCACUCUCGGUCUUGCUUCUUUCACUCUUCUCAUCAUGGGCUUUUCUGUUCUGCAAUGUGUACAACAGCUCGUACUCAAAUGGUGGGCUGGUGCUGAAGUCACAAGUUCAUCCAGUCUCGGCAAAUGGGUCGGCAUCCUGGGCGCCAUAACGGUGGCCUUCGUGGUCGUUGUCUUCGCCACUCUGUUCGUUGGCUUCCUAUACAUGUUCCCUCGAUCCAGCUUGUAUCUGCAUGUCAAGCAGUUUACCGCACUGGUCAAGGUCCGCUACUCGGCUUGGGGCGGUAAAGAGACUGGUAGUAUAGCCAACAGAUUCUCACAGGACAUCUCGAUCAUCGACAUGCAGCUGGGAAACGCUUUGCUCAAUGUUAUGGCAGGUACGACUGACGUUAUUGCAAUGGCCUCGAUCAUCAUUGUGGCCACACCGUUCAUCGCUGCCACAUUGCCUGUUCUUGCCUUGGUGUUUUGGAUCAUUCAGAACAUCUAUCUGCCUACGAAUCAUGGAUCUCGAGGCCAAAGCUCCUUUAUGCACACACUUUUGGAGACCGUGACUGGUGUUGCGACCAUCAAGUCUUUUGGCUGGGCCAAAGCAUAUAGGGAGAAAAACGAGAAGUUAUUGGAGGGGAGUCAGACUCCAUACUAUCUCCUUGAAUCAGUACAAAAUUGGCUGUCUCUCGUCCUGAACCUUGUGGUCGCUGGUCUAGCCACUGUAACAAUGGCUAUAGUUGUCAAACUCAGGGCUAGCAGAGAUGCGGGUUACGUCGCCCUGGCGUUGAUCAACAUCAUGGAUAUUGGACCAAUUCUGGAGAUGCUCGUCGUAGCUUGGACACAACUAGAAACGAGUAUGGGGGCCAUUGCUCGCAUGAAAGAGUUCAUCGAAAGCACUCCAGAAGAAGAGCAAGGCAAGGGUAGCCCUCCUGCAGACUGGAUGACCGAAGGAAGCAUCUCCAUCACGAACCUCGAAGCGUCAUACUCAGAUACUGCGCCAUCCGCAAUCAAGAACAUCAACCUGCAGAUCAAACAUGGUCAGAAGAUUGCCAUCUGCGGUCGCACAGGCAGUGGCAAAUCUUCUCUCGCCUCUGCUGUUUUCGGCUUAUUGCACAUCAGCAGUGGCUCACUCAAGAUCGACGGUGUUGACAUCACAACCGUGUCCCAAGAACUUCUGCGCUCGAAAAUGAUCGCCUUGCCACAGGACCCAUACUUCACCUCCGGCACUGUACGCGAGAACCUGUCUCUCCGCGCCACAGACACAAAACGCAGCGAAGCUGAAAUGCUAGCAUCACUCUCUCGCGUAGGCCUACUCUCCAAAUUCGAGUCUUUGGCUCAAGCAGAAGGCCCAACAUGGCAAACGCCUCUUGACGUUGUUCUCAACCCAGACGAUAUGCUCACAAAAGGACAAACACAACUCUUCGCCAUGGCACGCGCGAUGCUAUCCUCUGGCAGCAUUGUCCUGGUCGACGAAGCUACGUCAGGACUUGAUCAUGAGACUGAAGCUGUUGUGCAAAAGUUGUUGCGAGAGGAGUUUGGAGGUAAAACUGUUAUUGCUAUUGCACAUCAUUUGCAGACGAUUGUGGAUUUUGAUGUUGUGGUUGUGUUGGAUGGAGGUAGAAUUGCUGAGGUCGGUGUGCCUGGGGAGUUGCGAGAAAAGAAGGCAGUUUGUUUGGAGAAUUGCUUAGAGCUGCUACUUGAUUUGGUUGAUCGCUUGAAUUUGGACGCAGACAUUGGCAGCCUCCACAAAAUAUAUCAACUUCUCGGAUUUGGAGCUAGAUAUGACUGGUGG